GAGGGAGGAGGAGGGACAGGCAGACAGGCUGUCACGCGCUGCUCUCACACACACACACACAUCUCAUCAUGGACACAUAUGGCCACAGCUCUACCAUGAAUUCCUCUCCCGGGGCGGCUAGUGGGGAGAGCUUCAAGUAACAGGGCAGGCCUCUUCAGUAAUUAUGGCUGUUUAAGAGCGGGGGAGCGAACACAGGGCCCCUCUGUGAGGGGUCCGUAGCUGAGUAAUGGCUCCCCUGGGCUCCUACCAUUACUUCAUGUGAUAUACGAGCCACUGAAGUGGCUGAACAUUUCUUGAAAAUAAAUUGUAUCAAGUGCAGCUCAUACUCGGUACAAUACCUGUAUACUGUAUCAGAGGAAGUGAUGGGGCCUUAAAGUUGAUAACUUAGAGCUAAACAGAAUGUGUGUGUAAUAUUCAUUCAUAUGAUGAUGAAACAAAAUCGUUAUUAACUUACUGCAUCAGUAUUUCAUGAAUAUAUAAGUGUGGAAAGUGUGUAACAAUAAAUAGUGCUUCUUGUAUAUAAAAGAGACAGCAUAUUUUUUUUUUUUCUAGAGACUAAUAGCUUUUUGAGUACAGAAAGAAAAUAGCUCGUGUUCAUAUUAUUGUAGGUUCAGUGAAAUGAAUCUUGUGAAUGUGCUUCAGUCGUAUUUCGUAUUCAUAAAACAUAACUGUUAAGAGUUUCGAGUCCUUCAUAAUCAAGGCUGUGAAAUUUCCUUGAACUGUACUUAAAACAUUUAUCACAAGUUUUACUAUUGUAAAGUUGUGUGGGUGUCUGUUACAAAGGAAAACAAUGUUUAACUAUUGUGAUGGCUACAUACUGACAAUUGAGAACCAUGGCUCAUUUAGUUAGAUACAGUUAUUAGACAAAAAUACGGUCCAUUGACUCUAAUCCUGACAGUUACUUUUGUCUGAAAAUUUAAAUAUGUCAGUUGUGUACAUUUUGCCAUUGAUCACAAGACAUGGCAUAACAAUAGUCAUACAGCAUUAUCCACAUCUGAGCUAGAUAUGUAAUGAAUGGAAGAGUUGAAGAUUGCCCUACUCCAGCUGGAUAGCUGCUUUUGUGGUUGACAAGCCUAGUUUUAUAUGUUAAAUUCGAACACAAAGGCAAAAUGAGUCGUGUACUAGAGUCAGACUGCACCUUUGGGUGUCGUUCCCGGCAGCAUGGGUCUCAAAUUACCGCAGCAAUCAUCAGGGGCUCAGAGGCGCAAGCUAUUGCAUAUAUGAGAAAUUUGUGUCAGCGUUACUGGUGUGUGACAGAUGAAACAGGGAAGACGGCACUUCACACAGCAGCAUCUUGUGGCAAGAGAAAGGUUGUGAAAUGGCUACUCUCCAAAGGUGCAUCAUUCAAUCAGCGUGACUGGGAGAGUGGUUAUACCCCUCUACAUCGUGCACUCUUUUACGGCCAGCUUCAUGUUGCUUGUGCUUUAAUUCAGGCUGGAGGAAGCAUUUCUGCCGUAGACCACGAUGCUCUUUCACCACUGGAUCAUGUGAAUUUUGAUCGCCCACCAAUUGUCUCCUUCACCAGCUCAUUACCUACUCAUGUCUAUGUUUGGGGCAACAACACAAAUUACAACUUAGGCCAGACUAGCCAACAUGCAAGAGGAACUCCAGAGUGUUUAGACUCAUUACACCGUGAAUGUCGUGUGAUAAAAGAUGUGGCGCUGAACAAGUUUCACACACUGUUUCUUGCUAGCAGUGGUCGUGUGUAUACCUGUGGUCAUGGCCAAGGAGGAAGGCUAGGACUGGAAACCAACUCUCCAGUUAUUACUCCACGCCCUAUAAAGGCCUUCGUACACACUAAUGUUAUCAAGGUGGCUGCAGGACCAGACCAUUCUCUGUUUUUAACUGAUUCUGGACAAGUGUGGAGUUGUGGUACUAACUUGUAUCACCAGCUGGGUCUCAGUCCCCCUCCAGAGAAUGUUUAUACUCCAAGAAUGCUUACUUGGCACAAGUCUCAUAAAGAUGUAAUCGUUGGUAUUGGUGCAGCUAAAUAUCACUCUGUGAUGUGGACUUCUCGAGUGCUUUAUACAUUUGGCCUCAAUGCAGGACAGCUUGGUCACUUCAAGAAUGCUAAUGAAUGCACUAUUGUUACUCCUAGAAAUGUAACAUCAGUUGUUGUUAGAGAAGAUAGUAAUCUUGCCAGUGUGGCGGUCAGUGAUGGAGCUACAGUGCUCUCAACUUCUAAUGGAGAUGUAUAUGUUCUUCAUCAGUAUCAGAUUCGCAAAGUAGCUUCCAAGAUGCAUGGAGUGGUAAAAGUAGCCUGUGUUGGAGGCCAUUUAGAUUCUAAAGUUGGAGCUGAUGGACUUAUAGAGCAUGGAGGUGAUGACCUAAAGAUUGCUGUCCUAACUGGACGUGGAACCGGUCAUCUGUACCUGUGGACUGAACAGUCAUCUCAUUUGUCUCGCUGCCUUUUCAGUAUUAACAGAGAAAUCAGCUUAACUGAUUUUUGUCUUGGUCGUCAUUGUCUUGCAGUGGUAACAGAUAAUGGCGAAGCUUUCUCAGCAAUUGUUUUGCCUGCUCGUGAACGCAAGACGUCUGAAAAACCUUUAAUUCGUAAAUCUUGGGGAUCAUCAAGCCAACUCAUUGAAUUUCUUGAUCGCAGUACUUGUGUUGUAUUACGUUUAACUCGCAUUGUUGCAUUACAUCGCACCAUUUGUGUUAUGUGUGAUCCAAAAGGUCUAAAUUUUGCUGCCCUCCAGAAUGAGCCAAAUUCUUAUUUGCUUGAUUUACCUCAGGUAAGCACUAGCACUUUGAAGGAAGAUUUUAAAACCUUACUGAAAGAAGAAAAUGAAUCUGACACAAUACAUGAUGUUGUAAUUUGUUGUGGGGCUCAAAAAUUUUUUGCUCAUUCCUAUAUUUUGGCCUGUCACAGUGGUUAUUUCCGACACCGCCUCUUUAGCGUUAAAGAGAACUUAAAGAAUGAUAAUGUGGAUGUCCAGAAGGAGUGGGGCACUCUUCAUAACUCCGAAAAGAAGUAUUUUACUCUCCAAGAUGUUCCACCAGAUAUCUUUCAAGAGGUUCUUGUGUAUAUAUACACCGGUUCUUGCAAACUCAUUUCUCAAGACUGUACUUCACAUGGCCAGCUUCUGGAUAAUGUAACUGGAAACAAUCCAAGUAUGAAUGAUUGGGUGCUUAGUGAAAAUUUGCAACAAAAGCCAAAUCAUUCAGUGAUUAAAGAAGUGGAGCAUUUACAAUCUACCAACAAACAAAAGAAGAAAAAAGGAGGCAAGUUGUCAAGGGUGAAGACAGCAGGCACCCAACCAGUGCGAGCUGCACUUGCAGUUGCAAAGAAACUGGAAGUUACAUCAUUAGAAAGAGAACUUGAUAAGAUAAGAAUAUUGGAUGGAUAUAUUGAAGCAGAGUCGGGUGGAUGUCAAAAGGAUAUGAAGUCUUGGGAAGAAUAUAAAUACAGUCGGGAGAAACAUCAGGAACUAUGGGAUGUGAUGAUCCGCAGCAAAACUGGAGACAUUCUUGGUGCCCACAAAUGCAUCCUUGCUGCAAGAUUAGAAUAUUUUCGUUGCAUGUUUGGGGCUAGCUGGAUUGAGGCUACUGCAUCCAAAUCACUGAACAUGCCUUUACCAACCAGCGUACUUGUCAUUAUUCUGGACUACCUAUACGAAGAUGAAUCUCCCAAGCUACGUCAUUGUCGAGAUCCAGAAUUUGUCUGCAAUGUGCUAGCCGUUGCAGAUCAGUUUUUUAUUACUAGGUUACGGGAAAUAUGUGAAGAUGUCUUAAGUGGCUUGCUUACAUUGAAGAAUGCAGCAGAGCUAUUGGAAUUUGCAUCAAACUAUAAUGCAGUUCAGUUAAAAGAAACUGCAAUGCAGUUUAUCAGUCUAAAUCUCACUGCAGUAUUAGAAAAUGGAUCUUUGCUCUCUAUCAGUAAUAGUGAUGUGCUCGUAGAACUGAGUGGCUAUUACAGAAGAUUUAUCCCUCGCAUGUCCUGUCGGAUGAUGACUCCACACAAUUAUCCUCCUUAUGCAGACGAAUUGGAGCAAAUCCUCGAGGAGAGGCCAUUUAUAUUACCAGAAUCUGAUGAAGAAUGGGAUGAAGACACUUCUGUUAAAUGUGAUAAACUGUUAUCAGCUGGCGGAGGCUCAGGUUCAGCACGUAAAAAAAAGCGCCAGUACCGCAACAGUCAAGGUGAUACACGUUCUCGGAAAACUUCGGCUUCUUCUGUUAGUUCCUCCGACUGUGAUACUACCAGAGAUAUAGAGGAAGAUCUGGAAACAUUAGAUUUUAGUGACCUAGAAGAGCGAGUUCCUUCUGAAUCUCCAGAUGGUAAGCCAGAUGCAAAAAUUAAUUAUUCAAAACUGCCUUCAAUGAUACAUCCAACAGAAAUUGAGGCCGUUUCUCAGGUUUCUCAAGACAGUAAUUCAUGGCAGAAAGUUUGUAAGAAGAAGAGUGUAGUUGGUCAUUCUGUCAUGUUAGUGAAGUCACCGAGAGAAUCACCACUUCCAGAAAAUAUUGAAAUUGACCAUAGGCCAACAGGAACUCCAUCUCCACAAAAAUCAUCCCAAGCUGAGCUUGAUAAGACAGUCACACCCAGCAGUGUCUCAGGAGCACCUGGAGGGGCUUCAUUACCCAAAUUCCCAAGCUUGCAGAACUCCAUGGUUGCCGUGCAGAAGACUGGGCAGCUGCCUAAAAACAGCAAGACUGGCAAGAUGUCUCAGAAGCAGCGCAAGAAACUGGCAGCAGAAGCAGCAGCUUCGGCAGCAGAAGCAGCUUUACCUGUGGUAUCAAAGAUGCAAAUACCAAACUCUACACCAAUAAAGUCUGCACCAGCUUGGGGCUCCACCAAAGAUUUAAUUGCUACAGCUACUUCUCCAACUAGUUCCCAGACACUGGCAGACAUUAUGAAGGCUGAGGAGGCAAGGGUAAAAAAAGUCAGUGCUCCAGUAGUAAUUCGAAGCAGCAAAACCCUACAUAUGUCGGGUACUCCAGUCAGAAAAAGUUUCAGUUGGGGCCAUGAUGAUAUUUCACAAGUUGGUCAGAUGAACACAGAAAGUGAAGGUAGUGGAAUAUGGUCCAUGGUGGCAUCUUCACCACCAGUUUCUCCAGUGGGCAGCAACCUUCCUUCUCCUGGUCACAGCCACUUAGAUAAAAGUAUUGCACAAUCACCUUCUCAACUACCUGCGGUUCCAGAUUUUUCUCACAUUCUGCUUGAGGAAGAAACCCACUCGGAUAAUUUAAUUAAAGAACGCUCCAAACCCUUGGCAAUGAUACAGUUGGAAGAUCGUGCCAUUGAAGAAUUGUUGGCCUUCUAUGGAUCAUCAGAAUGUUUUGAAGAAAAAAUUACUGUUACUCGUGUGAGAACAACUGUUGCCAAUCCGACUUGGAGUAAAUGAUUUUAAUAUGUAUUUAAGACCCAUGAGCUAAAUACAAUGACAGAUAAUAGUAAAAUAUUAAAAAAAAAAUUGUAUUCCUAGUUGUGAUACCAUGUUAUAGUAUUUUUGUGCAUAUACUUUUGAAAAUUAUUAUUAAUUUUGGAGUAAGACAGUUUGCUGUAUGUUUUUAGACUACUUGACCCUAGUCAAUAAUUAAAGACUGUUUGUUAAUAAUUGUUA